AUGGCUCCAGGCGCUUCAGACCUUCUUAUCAUGGAAUGGACCCUCAUCUCCUUGUCGACGUUAGUAAUCGCUGCCCGCAUUUGGCUACGAUUAGUCCUACAAAAGCAGCGCCUGCUUGGAAGUGAUGUGUGGAUGACGAGUGCAUGGGCGAUGGGCAUCAUCACCGCCUCGUUUUGCAUCACCUAUGUUCACAUGGGUGUCAUGGAAGAAGGCAUACGCCCGGACCUGCAGAACUUCAAAGCAUCGCAGGACAGAAAGGAGUUGAUUCGCAUGCUGCUCUGGAUAAGCGCUCUUCCCUUUAUAAUGUCGUUUUACCUCUGCAAGGCUGCCCUGCUUUGUGUUUAUCACCAGGUCAUUCCGAGAUUCAUGACAAAGCGAAGGACCUUUCUCUGGGCGACCGUAUGUUACGUUGCCGCCUCUUUCGUUGUUACAACCGUUCUUCUGUUCACGAUUUGCACUCCUGUCAGCCGGUGGUGGACCAGUAAUCACAACGACAUAUGCGAAAGGGAUUCAGUUAGGUCGUUCUUUAGAGUCAUUUGGGCCCUCAACUUCUCCAGCGAUAUUUUUAUCUUUGUGCUCCCUUGGUUGAUUGUCCCCGAUCUGAUGAUCAAGGGAUGGCUUCGCGCUGGUGUAUAUUUCACAUUCCUUCUUGGUCUGAUCAACAUGUCUCUCAGUAUAGUUCGUUACGUCAAGGUCUAUACUGGUGGACAAGUAUCAUUGAUUACGCUCCACUUUUGGAAUUCUCUUGAUCUGUAUAUCGGUCUUGUCAUCGCCUGCCUGCCUGCGUUAAGGCCCUACUUCAAGUAUGCGGCUGAGUCGCGAGCCUUCACCUACAUGAAAAGUAGGACAGGAGGUACUCGUGGUAAUACCCAGUACACGGCAAAUUCUACUACUGCAUCGUCCCAUGCUGUCAAGCUUUCGCAUGUACAACCCAAGGGGCCUUUUGACGUAUCGACAGAUCGUGUCUCCCAAUUAUCCUUGGUUCAUGUGAGACCGGAAGAUGAAGAAAGAUACUACUAG